GGCGGACCGGAGCGGGGCCGAGGCGGGCGACCGGCGUGGGCUGCGGGCGGGCCAUCCAUGACGCGCCAGGCCGACGGCGCGAACGCGGGCGCGGACCCCGCCGCCGCUCGGCUGCCCUCCCGGGUGGCCCAGCUGCUGUCGGCGCUCUUCUACGGGACCUGCUCCUUCCUCAUGGUGCUGGUGAACAAGGCGCUGCUGACCACCUACGGUUUCCCAUCACCAAUUGUUCUUGGAAUUGGACAGAUGGCAGCUACCAUAAUGAUACUGUAUGUGUCCAAGCUAAAUAAAAUAAUUCACUUCCCUGAUUUUGACAAGAACAUUCCUGUAAAGCUGUUCCCCCUGCCUCUCCUCUAUGUUGGAAACCACAUUAGCGGAUUAUCAAGCACAGGCAAAUUAAGCUUGCCGAUGUUCACCGUGCUCAGGAAAUUCACCAUCCCACUGACUUUACUCCUGGAGACCGUCAUACUCGGGAGACAGUAUUCCUUGAGCAUCAUCGUCAGUGUCUUUGCCAUCAUUGUGGGAGCUUUCAUAGCAGCUGGUUCUGACCUUGCUUUUAACUUGGAAGGCUACAUUUUUGUAUUCCUGAAUGACAUCUUCACAGCAGCGAAUGGAGUUUAUACCAAACAGAAAAUGGACCCCAAGGAGCUGGGCAAGUAUGGAGUGCUUUUCUACAACGCCAGCUUCAUGAUUAUCCCGACCCUCAUCCUCAGUGUGUCCACCGGAGACCUCCAACAGGCUACUGAAUUCAACCAAUGGAAGAAUGUUCUAUUUAUCAUACAGUUUCUUCUUUCCUGUUUUUUGGGGUUUCUGCUGAUGUUCUCCACCGUGCUCUGCAGCUUUUACAACUCAGCCCUGACCACCGCGGUGGUCGGAGCCAUCAAGAAUGUAUCCGUUGCCUACAUUGGGAUGUUAGUUGGUGGAGACUACAUUUUCUCUGUGUUAAACUUUGUAGGGUUAAAUAUUUGCAUGGCAGGAGGCUUGAGAUACUCCUUUUUAACUCUGAGCAGCCAGUUAAAACCUAAACCUGUGGACGAAGAAAGUGUCCCUCCAGAUUUGAAGAGUUAGACGCCGGGGCAGAAUCGCAGACUGAACUGCAGUCUGGGGACUCAGGGCCAGACGUUUGGGACACCCUCUGGUUAAAGCAAGAAAAGGAAUGUCUGCAAAAUGCAACGAGAAUCUACCUCACGUGGCCUGUGCUUCAAAAAUUGCAAUCCUUUGAUUCCCGGAGGAACGCGUCCAGGCAAAGCCUUUCCAGCCAAAAGGGAAUCUCCUCAAAAUAAGCCAGCGGUUAGAGGGACUGUCUCCAGGGGACGCAUGUGGUCCAGCGCCCCUCUGCUGUGCAUUGGUACCGCGUGUGCUUAAAAGGAGGUAUGAGGUCGAUGGUGGGAAGGUGAUUAUUUCCUUACCAGUGCCUUCGCCUAAUUUCAAAGGUCCCAGCCAAAGCAAAGUGACGGUGAGCACUUUUUCAGUUUAAACAGACAUCUUUAUUUUCAUAAAAUCAGCCAAUGAAGUGCCAGUAGAGUUACCUG